UCUUCCCAAUUGAUACCAUCGGCAUUACGAGUGCACCUCAAACACUCAGUGAUUGUUCUCUUCACCGAAAGUCAUUUGGAACUGUCCGUACAGUUAUUCUACACAAUCAUUCAAGAGCUUUCAUUCAGAAUGGAGCAUCGGUUAUUAUUUCACUUCUUCUUCUUUUCUACGAUCCUGCUCCCUGUGUUUUCUACAACCAUUAGUCGUGAAGAAGUUAAAAGACCUGAAGAAAUUCUUCUUAAUGUCCUGACAAGACCAUUAAUAUUUGAUGCCGCUGUGUCUUCAGAUGAUUGUCGCAAGGAUAGUGAGAUCUAUCGUGAUGCUCUUCGGAGUUAUGAACCCUGGGCUUUGCAAAUGUACGAUGCAUCGGCUAAGAUUCCUGCUGGAAUUAUCACUGGUAAUUAUAAACAAUUGGGAAACUAUGAUGAAUGUCUAAGAGUCAAGAACCUUCAUGGAUUUGUUGGUAAAGCCUGUAGUGCUACUGUUUCAUUCAAACUCACACGAGAUCAUGACGGAAAUGAUCAUACAGAAGCAGAUAUCAGUGAUUUAUUGAUCAAUACAGGAUUAGCUGCGGGUUUGACCAACUGGACCUCAGGUAUUACUGUUCCGUAUGAAUGGCUUUGGUGUGUUCCAUCCUCUUGUGGACCAGAGUCAAUUAGAGAAGCAUUAGAAUCGUCAUUAAGUCUGUUAAAACAUGAGGGUAAAGUUGAUCUCAUCAUCAAUAUCACUGAAGACGCAUGUCAUACAUUAGAUUCGGAUCAUCCAGUCUUCUUUCUCGCCGAUUGGCUUUACAUAUCUUUAUUGAUCCUGUUUGGUGGGAUCGUCAUGGCCAGCACAACUUAUGACCUGGUUAAACACUCAGUCUCUGAAAAACCGGAUUCCAAAGAUAAACGACACUUGAUAUUAACUUCAUUUUCCCUUUAUACUAAUGGUAAAAGUCUUAUGAGUACUAGAAGAAAUGAAGAAACAAUUAAUUGUCUUGAUGGUUUACGUUAUUUGAGUAUCUGUUGGAUUAUUUAUGGACAUACUUAUUAUCUCCAGGUUGUCGGAGUUCAAUUGGAUGUCAGUAACGUGUCUAAAAUGCAUGAAAUUUGGACUAAUCUUCUUAUUCUUAAUGGGAAUAUUGUCACCGAUACAUUUUUCCUUCUGGGAGGUAUACUCCUGAUGUAUUCUGAACUGGGUAGAAAAGAAAAAGAGCCUCAUGGUUAUAGUUUAAAUGUUGGAAUGCUUUAUCUUCAUCGUUAUCUUCGAUUAACGCCAGCUUAUGCUAUUGUCAUUGGAUUUUAUGCAACUCUUUUUUACAAAGUGGGAAGUGGACCACAUUGGAAUACCUGGGUUGGAGCUAAUAGAGAUUUUUGUGUGGACAACUGGUGGACUAAUUUACUGUACAUAAAUAACUAUGUUGAAGUUGCUAAUAUGUGUAUGUCACAAUCCUGGUAUCUCUCAGUGGACAUGCAGCUCGUCUGGAUGUCACCAAUUUUUCUCUAUCCUCUGGUUGUCUUAGGGAUCAAACAUGUGGUUUCUAUCACAAUUUUAUCGAUUGGACUCAUCAUUUCUGUGCUUACUCCAUUACUAAUUACCUACUUUGAACAAUUAACUGGCACCAUGAUUUAUUAUCAAGAGCAGACCGCCGUAGCCAACGUCUAUCUUCAAAUUUACACUAGAGUGUAUGCCAGGUCAGGGCCUUACAUUAUUGGAUUAAUUGUUGGUUGUUAUCUUCGACAUAUUCGCAAUAGAAAUAUGAAAAUGUCUGGAACGCUAGUUUUUUGUGGAUGGAUAUUUGCUACUCUGGUUGGUUGUGCUGCAGUAUUUGGACCUAGAGGAAUGUACUUUCCUGAACACAAAUAUGAUAGCCUUGAAGCAGCAUUUUAUGCAGGAUUCCACAGAACUGUUUUUGCACUCUCAAUAAGCUGGGUGGUGAUUGCCACAGUUCUUGGCUACGCAGGUCCAAUUGGUGCCUUAUUAUCCUGGUCUGGAUGGAUGCCUUUAGGAAAGCUCACGUAUUCCGCUUAUCUUACUCAUUACCUCAUUCUACUCUACAAUGCUGGCAGUGUUAGGACUCCAGGAAAUUUGACCACAUUCGGAACUAUACAUAUUUUCCUGGGAAAUCUUGGACUCACCAUGUUAAUAUCAGUCAUUCUGUCACUUUGCUUUGAGAUACCAUUUAUUCGUCUUGACCGACUUCUCAUGCAAAGCAACAGACGUCGAUCCUUUGCAAGUGCAUCAUAUAAACCAAAUAUCAGUGGAUUUGGCUCAGGUGAAUCUACCAACGAAAUCUACAGGUCGUUCGAUGACGUCUCAUCCACCGUAUCUAGGUCUUAUGAUGAAAUAUUUGAUCGAUAUCCUAAACUCAAAGUCGAAAGAAUUUAUGAUUCAGCGGUAGUUACAGAUGUUAUUGACACAUCACCAAAUAAUUUGUCUAAUCUUAAAGUUCCAAAAAAAGAGAUACAUAUCGUUCAUGAAUAUUCUUGAGUGAUUGUAAUAUUUCAUGACAAAAAGAGCAUCGAAUGGCAUUGUUAGCCGAAGUACAAUAUUUAUUUAGAAGAAUUAUUGUUAUUAGGUGAAUAAUUUUAUAAUUAUUUUUAUUAUUAAUGUAGUUUUUACUUUUAGAGAAUUAUUGUAAACAUAAGUACUUAAAUAUUCAU